AUGAAUUAUUUAUUUUUAUUAUUUGUAGUGUCCUAUUAAUAAAAAUGCUAAUGGGUAGAUGAAGAUAAUCGAAUAUAUGAUUAUACUCAAUUAGAUCAUCCUUAAGCAUGGCAUGUAGUUGAUACUCAAAAUGGUAUAAAACUGUGUAAUUUUAGGUAUGGGAAUGUUUAAUAUGGUUUACAUUUUCAAUUUCUGUAAUAUCGAUUUAAAUUGUCAUGGAAUACCAGUUGCUGUUUAUGAGGGCUUAGAAGUAAUGGGAACUAUCACUGAUAAUUGUGACAUUGUAGGAUUGAAAUCAACUACUUCUAUAUCACACAUUUUAGAUAAACCUAAAGAUUAUGGAAUUUCUAUUUCAUUUAAUGAUAAUUCUUAAUGUGUAGAAACGGCUAAUCAAAAUAGAGCUGUAUAAACUGAUAAGCCAAGAACAGCUAUUUUUAAUAUAGUUUGCAGCGAAAAAGCUGAAAAAUAAUUUAGAAUUGUACAAGGCUAUGGAUGUACAGUUACUUUAGAAAUUUACCAUCCAAUAGGAUGUCCUGUCAAUAACAGUAUAUUCUUAUUCAUUAUAUAAGGUAUUUUUAGUUACAUAAAAGCUGUAAUCAAAUACUUAAUAAUAUUUACUCUGCUUUUUCACUUUUUAGGAUUCAUAUAUAAUAAGAGAAUAAGAAAAAUAAAUGGUAAACAAGCUAUACCAAAUAUUCAGAAAAUUUAAGAAAUUAAAGAAAUACUGAUCUAGCUUCUGUAAAGUUUAGAAAGAUUUAUUAGAUAAAGAAAUUAAAAUGGAUACUCAGUUGUGUGA